UUCCAGCUCCCUGUAUUUUUCUCAUCUGCGGCACAAUGUCGAAAUACAAAACUCAUCUUACCGCCCUUGAACAUUCUGCUGAGGUCCGUCCGUUGUCUCCAGCGUUGAAAAUACCUCAUUGGUCUUCAGAUGGAGAGAAGUUCCUAGGCUGGAAAGAUGUCACCUUUGCACAGUUUUUGGGAGACGUGGAGCAAUCUGCACGGUACUGGUCCCAUCAGCUCUCGGGAAAAGGGAUUGCAGAAAGAUCUGUUGUAGGAUUAUGGAUAAAAGGAACGUCGUAUUUAGACGUGUUGCAUAUCUGGGGUGUGUCGAGGGCUGGGUUUACACCUCAAGUCAUAUCUCUCCGCCUCACAAGUUCCAGUGUCGUGAGGGAGCUCCUCGCUCGGGCUGGAGCAAAGGCGCUCAUUUUUGAGCCAGCCAUGCCUCCAGCUCUCGGAGACGACGUGAUCAGCUUUCCGGCCAUCGACUUUCAGUCAUUGAAUCUGGAUGAUACGUCUCCGUUACCGGAGUUGCGGACACCCUCAAAGGGAGAUGAGAUCAUAAUGAUUAUGCAUUCAUCUGGUUCCACUUCUGGGCAACCUAAGCUGGUACCGUUAGAAGCUAGGUGGCUAGACUGGAAUAUCGAAAAGGCCAGGCACUUCACUAUCCGCACACCCGAGUUCCAAGAUCAGGAUAUCAUGACAUUCACCGGGAGUUUUGCCCAUAUUGCAGCAAUGCUAGCCCUGAUGAGCUUUGUGGACCGAGGUGGCUGUAUAGUGAUGCCUACCAAAAUUCCCUACUCGUCCCAAGAGCUUCAGCAGAUGGCGAAAACAUGUGGCAUCAACAUACUCAACAUGUUCGCCUCGUUCCUUGGCGACUUCAUUCGAGAAUCCCGCAAGGAUCCGGCGUUGCUGGCUACCCUUCAAGCCUUCCGAGCCUGUUCUCAUGGGGGGCUCCCGUUAGCGACUGAAGAGGAAUCUUGGGCCCGGGAGAAAGGCAUCAACUUGCUCACUCUAUUUGCGAGCACGGAGGUGGGUUGUAUCAUGCAGUCGGCCACGGGCCCGGGCCUCGAGGGACGAUUCUUGCAGCCAUUUCCAGGGACAUCGUUCCGCUUCGUCCCCAUAUCCGAUUCAUCAAGCACCGUCGUUGGCUCAGACAACCAGUUGGUGGAACUUGUGAUACCGAAAGAAGCGCCCGAUUGCCCACAUCAUACCCUUCGAGACAAAGAAAGCGGUGACUUCAAAACGGGCGACCUCUUUUCAGAGGUGGCACCAGGCCAAUUUCUAUUCAAAGGACGCAACGACGAUUGGAUCAAAAUGAAAACAUCACUUCGUUGCGACACGCGAGCCAUUGAAGACAACGCAUUGGAGCUGUGUGGUGAAGAUCUCAUCAGCGCUGCUGUUGUUGUAGGCAGUGGGCGCCCGUCACCCGCUCUCUUCGUCGAGGCGCGACAAGAGAGCAUGCAGGAGUCGUUGAGAGAUGCCUUAGCCUUGAAAAAUGAAAUCCUCCGCCGAAUUACCCCGUUCCACGAGCGCAGGUACAUUCAUGAACGUAUUGAGGAUGCGCGGCUCAUUAUUCUCGUCCCCAAGUCAACCUUGCCACGAACCGGUAAAGGCACUAUACAGAGAAAGAUGAUUGAACGGGAUUACAGAGAAGUGUUGGACAGGAUGUAUUCGAACGUGUGCUUGUGAAAGC